AUGGAAGUUGGGGAAGAUGAUGAACCGAAAAUUUUAUGCCCAUGUACGAAGUGUGUUAACAGAUUUUGGUUCACUAGGGAGGUGGUUUUCGAUCACCUAAUUGCUCAUAGAUUUAACAAGAGGUAUAAAGUGUGGAAUUUUCAUGGCGAAGGACUGACGGCAGGGUCUUCUUCAAGGGGAAGUGGGCAUCAAUGUGAUAAUCAAAACACAUUAGACAAUAUGGGUGAGAUGAUUAAUGAUAUAUUCAGAGAUGUUAUGGGAGGUUCCACCUCUAAAGCAGAAGGAAUUCACAAGGGUCUUGAUGAGAGUGCUAAAAAGUUUUUUAAACUGUUAGAAGAUGCAAAAGAAGAAUUAUAUCCAGGUUGUAAAAAUUUUUUAGUGCUUUCAUACACAGUGCAACUUUAUCUACUUAAAUACCUUAACGGGUGGAGCAAUUCUUCUUUCGAUGAUUUGAUGAAACUUCAAUGUGCUGCAUUUCCAUCAGCAAAGCUCCCCACUUCUUUUCAUCAUGCUAAAAAACUGGUGAAGAACCUUGGACUUGAUUACAAACAAAUUGAUGCGUGUCCCAAUGAUUGUAUGAUGUAUUGGAAAGAGCGUGCAAAUGACAAGUCUUGCCAUGUUUGUAAAGCUUCUAGGUGGAAAUUAAAUGAGAAACAAAAAGAGGAAGGUGCAUUGCCCGACGAAGGAGUUCCUGCAAAAGUUUUGCAUUACUUUCCACUUAAACCUCGUCUACAAAGGUUGUUCAUGUGCUCUAAGACGGCUGAACUUAUGACAUGGCAUGAAACUGAUCGUAAGAAAGAUGACAAAUUAAGGCAUCCUGCUGAUGGACAAGCUUGGAAAAAUUUCGACAUUGCGCAUCCUCAAUUUGCAAGUGAUUUUCGAAAUGUGAGGCUUGGUCUUACUACUGAUGGUUUCAACCCGUUCAGAACUAUGAGUGUGUCACAUAGUAUUUGGCCAGUUGUUUUAUCCAUUUAUAAUUUGCCUCCUUGGUUAUAUAAUAAGUCUGAGUAUAAUAUCAUGUCUUUGAUUAUACCUGGUCCUUCUUCUCCAGGUUAUGACAUAGAUGUUUACUUGGAACCGUUAAUCGAGGAAUUGAAGGAGUUAUGGGAAGUUGGAGUUUACACUUAUGAUGCCGUGAAAGAUGAAACAUUUUCAUUAAGGGUUGCCUUGUUAUGGGCAAUCAGUGAAUUUCCUGCUUAUGCAAUGUUGUCGGGAUGGAGUACUAAAGGAGAAUUUGCUUGCCCGAAUUGUAAUCAUAAGAAUUGGUCCAAAUACCUUAAGUAUAGUAAGAAAAUGUGUUACAUGGGACAUCGUAGCUCUUUGAAAGAAAAUCAUCCAUGGCGUCGUAAUAAAGGAGCUUUUGACGGUAAUGUAGAAACAAGGCCUCCUCCUACUAGAUUGUCGGGUUUUGAUGUAUUAAAAGAUCUAGAAGGUUCAAAGUUGAAUCGGGCACCUAGAAAUGAUGAUGAUACUGCCUCCAAUGAAGAUGGAAGCCUUUUUCCUAGUGUUGGACGUCCUUUAGGCGUAAAAAAGAUAAACAAAGGCAAAAAGGUUUCUCUAUAUGAAGACAUCUUGAUGAAGGCUCACCGCUAUGUACUCUUUAAUUGCGAUGAAAUCAGUGAUUACAUAAGUGAACAUCAAGAUUUAGUGAAUCGUCAUAGAAGUCAAGGUAGACGGGGUAAGCGGAGUAGGUGGGCGAGAGCACAAGAACACAAUCAUGAUAUUGGAGCAUGGUUCAAGGACCGUGUACGGGAAGAAAAUGUUUCCAAAUAA